UUGCUGCCUCUGCAGAUUUUGGCCAUCAUUAAGGCUCACGGCCCCACAGUGAGCUUGCUGCUCCAUCGGGAAGACCUCUGUGAAUACGCCCUGGGCCAGGUCCCGUGGCUCCUUAACCAGUACAAAGACAAAGAGAUUGACUUUGACGUCACUCAGUUUUCAGUGUCCAACAAGAAUCUGGAGAAACCAAUAAAACCUAACUCCCAGGAGACUGAAAAGGGAGAGACAUCUAUCCGAGAAAUAAGCCUGGAGGUCUUAAAAACCCUGGACCCACUGGUCAUUGGAAUGCCUCAGGUGCUAUGGCCCAGAAUCCUGACUUUCGUGGUACCUGCGGAAUAUACAGGAACGCUGGAAUACCUGUUUAAUAUCAUCAGGAUUCUGUUUAUGGCAGAGGAAAGAAAGAAGAAUAAUGCCAAAGAAUCAACAGCACUUGUCAUCUCUACAGGAGCUGUGAAACUUCCUUCACCACAACAGCUACUGGCCAGACUUCUGGUAAUAUCUAUGCUCGCUAGUGUGGGGAAAUUGUGUGGGGCUGGUGCAAUAGGACUUUUGAAGAUACUGCCUGAGAUAAUUCACCCAAAUUUAGUAGAGCUGUGGAAAACACGCAUACCUGAACUCCUACAGCCUUUGGAAGGAAAGAACACUAGUAUCGUGCUGUGGGAGACCAUGCUGCUUCAGUUGCUCAAAGAAUCGUUAUGGAAGAUCAGUGACGUAUCCUGGACCAUUCAACUGAGUCGGGAUUUCAACCAGCAGAUGGACAGUUACAGCAACACCUCUGUUGAGAAGAAAUUUCUUUGGAAAGCCUUGGGAACCACCUUAGCAUCCUGCCAAGAUGUGGACUUUGUCAGCUCACAGGUUAAGGAAUUUCUGGCUGCUCCCCACCACCUGGGGGACCAACGACAGGGAAUAACAUCUAUCUUAGGACACUGUGCUGAGAAACACUUUGAAGUUGUCUUAAAAGUUCUUAAAACAUUCCAAGAUCGGGAAAAGUUUUUCAUGAAUCGAUGUAAGGGUAUUUUCUCUGGGAAAAAGAGCCUGAGCAAAACUGAUGUCAUGGUAAUCUAUGGAGCUGUGGCCCUCCAUGCACCCAAGAGUCAACUCCUAACCAGGCUUGAUCAGGACAUUGUAUCCCAAGUCCUAUUUCUCUUCGGCCAGUGCUCUCGGGUUCUGGGCAUGUCUGUGGUGAACAAGGACAUGGAUCUGCAGAUGAGUUUCACCAGAAGUAUCACAGAGAUUGGUAUUGCUGUCCAGGAUGUUGAGGAUGAGAAGUUCAAGUUCUCCUACAAGGAGGUGCUGCUGGGUUACAUGCUGGACUUCAUCAGGGAUGAGCCUCUGGAUUCCUUGGCCAGCCCUAUUCGGUGGAAAGCCUUAAUUGCCAUCAGAUACCUCAGUAAACUGAAGCCUCAACUCUCACUGAAUGACCAUCUUAAUAUUCUUGAGGAGAAUAUUCGGAGGCUGCUGCCCCUUCCACCCUUGGAAAAACUCAGAAAUGAGGGCGAGACGGACAAAGACAAGGAGCACAUCCAAUUUCUCUACGAACGAUCCAUGGAUGCUCUCGGAAAGCUGCUGAGGACCAUGAUGUGGGAUAACAUGAAAGCAGAGGAAUGCCAAGAAAUGUUCAAUCUUCUCCGAAUGUGGCUUGUCUCACAAAAAGACUGGGAAAGAGAAAGAGCCUUCCAGAUCACUGCAAACGUUUUGACAAAUGAUGUCGUGGCACCAGAGAAUUUUAAGAUCGGCUCACUCCUUGGCCUCCUGGCUCCUCACUCCUGUGACACCCUGCCCUCCAUCCGCCAGGCGGCUGCCAGUUCGGCUAUUGGUCUGUUCUCUAUAAAAGGUGUUCACCUGGAAUUGGAAAGACUACAGGAUUUGCAGGAAGGGCUGCAAUGUGAUGAUGUGCAGGUCCAGAUCAAGAUUUCCUCCAAAAUAGCAAAGAUUGUCAGUAAACUCAUCCCCAGUGAAGAAAUGCUCAUGUUCCUGGAGGAAACCCUGGAUGGUCUGGAGAGCCUCAACCCCCCGUGUACAAAGGCCUGUGGCGUCUGGAUGAUCGCCGCCCUGAAGGAGCAGGGAGCUACUCUGGAAGACCAGCUGUUGGAGAUCUUGGGCGUAAUUUACCAUCACAUGCCGGUCCUCAGACAAAAGGAGGAAAGUUUUCAGUUUAUGCUAGAAGCCAUUUCUCAGAUAGCCAGCUUUCACAUGGAUGCAGUUGUUGCCAACCUUUUACAGAAGCCUCUGCCCUUUGACAGGGACACAAAGACACUGUGGAAAUCUCUGGCUGAGAACCCAGCCUCCAGUGGCAAACUCUUGCGAGCCUUAGUCGACAAACUGGAGAACGAGUUAGAAGAUGACCUAGCCAGAAUAGAGGCAAUAUCUGUGGCCUGUGCCGUGUAUGAAGUGGUGUCAACGGGCACCCCUGUCGCGAGCCUGUACCCGGAGCUGUUCACGCUUCUCCUGAAGCUGGUCAGCUGCACGCUCGGUCAGAAGAUGCCCACCUCCACCCUCAGCCGCCGCCGGCGGGUGAUGCCGCAGGGGGAGCGGCAGCAGAGAGCUGACCCCUGCAGGCUCUCAACUACAGCUCUGAAGUGUGUGCAGGCCCAGGCUAUGAGAGAAGGGCUGACCAGAGAAUCUGACGAGGGAGACAACGUGUGGACCCUCCUCAGCAGCCCCAGUACCCACCACAUAGGAGUCUGUGCACUGGCCAGGAGCAUGGCCGUGUGGCAACAUGGAAUCAUACUGGACAUCACAGAACAACUCCUCCCAUCCCUAACCUCCUCCUCAGAGAACUACCGGAUAACGGGCACAGCUUUCUUCUCUGAGCUCAUGAAGGAGCCAAUCCUUUGGAAGCAUGGGAAUCUACGGGAUGUGCUUGUUCUGAUGGAUCAGAGUGCUUGGGACUCCAACCCCAUCCUGAGGCAAAUGGCCAUCCGGGGUCUCGGUAAUACGGCUUCUGGAGCCCCUCACAAGGUGAAGAAGCACAAGCAGAUAAUGUUAGAAUCUGUCAUCAGAGGCCUCUAUCACCUGGCCCGCACUGAGGUCGUCUGUGAAAGCUUGAAGGCUCUAAAAAAGAUCCUGGAUCUGCUCACAGACAGAGACGUGAGCUUCUACUUCAAAGAAAUAGUCCUGCAAACAAGAACCUUCCUUGAAGAUGAGCAGGAUGAUGUGAGGCUGACUGCCAUCCUCUUAUUUGAGAAUCUGGCAUCCCUAACAGGAAGAAGGUGGAAGAUUUUUUUUGCUGAAGAAAUAAAAAAGAGCAUGAUUUCAUUCCUUCUCCACCUCUGGGACCCCAAUCCCAAGAUUGGAACUGCUUGCCGUGAUGUCCUGAUCAUCUGCAUUCCUUUUCUGGGCCUCCAGGAACUCUAUGGGGUAUUAGACCAUCUCCUGGAUGGUCAGGAUCUACCAAGGGCCAGGGAUUUCUACAGGCAGUUCUGCAUGAAGCUGUCAAAGAGAAACCAAGAAAUCCUAUGGAUCCUCCACACACACUCAUUCACGUUCUUCAGCAGCAGCUGGGAGACCAUCAGGAGUGCAGCCAUCAAACUCACAGAUGCCAUUGUUCUCAAUUUGACCUACCAAUACGUGGAGCUAGUAGACAGGGAACAACUGACCACACGGCUCCAAGCACUUCGACAGGACCCUUGUAUCAGUGUCCAGAGAGCAGCUGAAGCUGCCAUGCAGACCCUCCUGAGAAGGUGUAAAGACAUAAGUGUCCGUCUGUAAACCAUCAGGAAAUAAACUGCUAGGCUUUU